AUGACAUCUGCCGCCGUUCUCUCGCAGCCAGAGGGCCCCGUUCCCGAGACCCAGCCGGGAGCUCGAUCUCCACGACAAGGAGCUGGCUCUCCAGCGUCCCAAGCGGCAGCUACGUCAGCGCCUGAGAACAGUACCUCGGGCUACCACCCGGAGGAGCGCGAUUCAUUGCAGAAGGGGGAGUCAAAGGCGCAGGAUGCUCAAGAGAAGAGCAGUGGGAGGCUUGGGCAACAGCAGUCGCAUGAUGGAACGACGGUGCAUCGCGGAGGAAAGUCUCAUUUUCCACUAGAUCCGGUCGUUAACUUUCUCUUCGGGCUGAUCAUGUCUACCUUUGCGGUACUCGCUGCUGCGGGGAUCGCUCGUAUCUCCCUUCCUCCGCAGCAUCCGUUUCAGGAGUACAUUGGCUUCAUACUCGACCACGCACCUCGCCUGGGUCUGUCCGGCGCUGUUAAGGUGACACCAUUCCUAGUGCGGGCAGCGGAAGCGUCCAGGGAGGCGGGUUACCAGGUCAUCGCCAACUAUCUGGACAGAGCUAUUGCGUGUCCUCAUACCGAGUCUCUCUUCGUGUACGGUUUCACGACUCUUGCGUUCCUGCCGGCGGUAGUUGUUGGAUGGGGCCUCUGGCGCUACAAGAAAGAACGAGAAAUUGAAGUUUCCCCUCCGCAGCACAUGUUCUGCAGCAAUACAAUGACUCCAGAACAGUUUGCGGAUCGACGAUUCACAUAUGAGGCGCUCGCUCAGCUCAUGAAAGAUCCUGACUUCCUCAAGUUGAAGGCGCAGCGCGCCAUCCAAGGCAGCGAAGCAUGGAACUGGCAAAAACGGGUGCGUGAACAUCCUGAGGAGGAAGAAGACGCUAGCGAGGAGGGUGAAUCUGAUGAUGAACAAGAUGGGAGCAACUGA